AGCCGCAGCCGCCCUCAAUGAAAGCUGCCCAGAGCAUGACGGGUUUAGAAGCCGUGGAGGACGCCGGGGGGAUCUACAGGAAGAAGGGUCAUUUGAACGAGCGAGCUUUCUCGUACAGCAUUAGACAGGAACACAGAAGUCGAUCGCACGGCUCACUCGCCAACCUGAAGUUCGCUGCUCCGCCUGAGGUGGAGACAGGUCGUGAGGAGUUGAAAAAGGAACGCGAGAUAAUGCAGCUGGUGGCAGGUCUGCAACUGGGACCUGACGAAAUGGAGCGUCGCGAAAUGCCACCGCAUAUGAUCAGAUCCAGGCACGGACCUAGAUAACACCACGCUAUGGGAGUGUCGACGUGCGACUGUCAACCAGCACGUGUCCACCGGAAAUGACAAUCACUUUACCUCGAUUCAUGUCCGAUUUACGCAGCCACAAAUAUUGUUUACCACUGUGGCAAAAAACUUUGUAUCAAGUACUCGUACUGUCUGUAUUUUGUCAGCCGCAAAAACAAUUUUGUACAUCAAGUUACGAUUGUCGAUUCGUAAUCGAUACAAACAUCGAUUUGUCACGAACGCGGCAACUUUCCAAUACACGAUUCUCAUUUCGUGAUAUUAAAAAAUCUAUCAACUUAUUUAGAUAUUAUGAAUAAAUUUUUGUAGCACUAUUUCAUACAACGAAUGUGGUCUUAAAAUUUUGUUACUUAAAAUUUAAAUAUACUAUUAUAAUGUCAUUUUAAGUUGUUUAAUAAGGAUGUUAUCUAUCAUGAAGUAUGAGUUAAAAUAAUUGACUACAUAUCUGGUUCAAAGAGUUUCAAAAGAUAUAGAGGAGGUAAUGUCAUCUAAAAUAUUUUUUACAUUAUCUCACUAACGCUAUCUAUGGAUAGGUUUUCAAAACCACAUACAAGUUCAACAACCAACAUAGUACCAUUCAGAACUACCAGAGAAAAAAAUGUACAUUAUGCCUCGUCUAUACAUUUUUUUAAAUACCUGGGUACAUCAUAA